AUGAUUAUAUAUCAAAAUGACAAGUAUGCGUGUGUCUCAUGUAUUCGAGGACAUAGAUCCUCGACGUGUAAGCAUACGGGGAGGAUGCUGGUGAAGGUGCGGACUAGGGGAAGACCCACGUCGUGUAAGACUAGGAAGGUCAUCAUGGUCGAUAAGGAUUCGGAGGUGAAGGUUGCGAAAGAGAGGAAUCCAGAGAAUCUGUUGGAGUCGUCUACGAGUCCUGAUGGGAGUGUCGAUACUCAGGUAGGUUCUGCUGGGAACGGGGUCUCUUCGGAGGUGACUCUUGCAAAUGACACAGAUGUGGACCAAGGGAAUAGUACUGGCUAUGAUGGGAAGCGUUCUUGUGUUGGAAUGGACGCUAAUCCGAUUUUGUUUCUGAAUGUUAAGAAGAAACAGAAUGCUGUGUUCAUCAAUGGGAAACUUAAUAUCAUUGUUGAUGAUAGCUCCGAGAACGAUGCGGAUGCCAAUGCGAAUGUGAAUUUGAAUGUGAGGCCUAAAUUAAGUGACAAGGAGAAUGGUUUUGUUCGGGCUUCAUCCUCUUUACAGGAUGAUAAAGCUUUUAAAUACAUGUUAGAGAACGAAUACAUCAAGAGGUACGUUAAGGAUGAAAAAGAAGAUGGAAAAUUGAACUCGACUCCAAAUAAUCCGAUUAAAUUAUGCGGUUGUGAAGGAAAGGGAACUGCCAUGAAAGCUUAUCAUGAUUCAAAAAAUAAGAUAGACGAUAAAUACUUGGCGACACACAGCAAGAAUUUACCAGUUGAAAAUAGCACACCGGGUGCAAUUGAACCUGUUGGUGUCGAUGAAACUAACACAAGUAACGUUGAUCACUAUGGAAUUGUUUCUAAUAGCGAAUCUACAAAAUACAGCAAUCUAUGCAUUGGAAAUUAUGAAAAUCCUUCAAAACCUGAUACAGAUCUGCUGAAGUAUAUUGAUUAUGAUAGCAAUAACCCAGACAGUACCAUUAUGAUGAAUGAUAUCGUGAAUAAUUCGAACUUAAUGGUAGAACUGUUAACUCACAAGGGUCUUUAUUUAAGCUCUACGUGUUCGUGUCCAGAUGAUAAUUGUCCAUGCUCUAACUGUUUACUUCAUAGAAAUGAAACCGAACUAAAUGCAUACAUCCAACAAAGUGGAAUUCCAUUAAGUGAAGUCGGUGAAGCUCAAAUAUUAAAUACACUAGUUGACGAUUGCAGUCUAGCAGAUUGUAAGUGCACUCCAGAAACUUGCCAAUGUACCUCAUGCACCAUACACUUAGAAGAGCUCGUCUCAUUUGAUAAAAUCAUUUUUAGUGGUAUAUUACAUUUCCCAUUCAGACGGAAAACGAAGAUUUUAUUCAAAAAUAAAAUCAUUCCAUCAAGAUAUUGGUGGGACUACAUAAAAAUACAGUUGCCUCGCCAAUCCCAAACAGAAUCUGGAGUGACAGAUAUAAUUAAAUGGUUUGACAGUUUAAUUAGCCUCUAUCACUUCAAUUUGCAAGAUUAUGAUCCAACAAACCAAAGUAGUAAUCUUAGCAACAUGCAUUACCUGUAA